AAAAUAUUUAUAUUAACUUAAGUAGUAAUAAAUUUAACAAUUUAAAAACUAAUUGAUUAAAAGCUAAUUUAUUUUUUGAUAUCCAUUAUUUUAUAAUCAUUUGAAUUAAUGGGUUCUGGCUCCUCUAACGCAUCAAAAGAAGAGAAAUUAAACAAAGACUAAUUUACUAAUAGUAAAGAUGAAUUUAGGUAAAAAUCACACAGCUAAAUUACAUAUAGCGGGUACAAUAGAGUUUCAAAAGACUUAAAAAACUAGAGCAAAUAAAAUAAUUUUGAAAGAUUUAGUAACUUAUGCUUAAAAAAAGAUGUUGCUGCUGAUUAAUAAGAAUAAUAAAAGCUGUAAAAUAGCUCAGAAAAUAUUAAUUUUAGUAGAGUGCAAGAGACAUAAAACAUAAUAAAUAACUAGAAUGUUAAAAAAAAGAAUAACAACUGUAGUAAAUUAUUUCGGGUUUCUAAAACUUUUAGCUACCCUGAAAACUGUGGUUAGAGCAAAAUUAACAAUAAUGCUAGUCUUCGUUUAAUUAAAAAAGACUUUAAAGAUCACCUACUUGCUAAUAAAGCUUCGUCUAAUGAAUAAAAUUCUAAUACAUUAUUAUUUGAUAAUGUAAAUUAAAACAACAAAGAAGUGUAAGAUGAGAAUAAACAUAGUGUUGAAGAAAAUUCAAAAAAUCAAAGUGAGUCUUAAAGCAGCUCAGAUUCAGAUAGUUAGAUUAAGUUAUCAUAAGAUAGCUUGGACAAAAAAGCUAGCUUAUUUUUUUAGAAUAAAAUUAAUUUAAAAUCUAUUGAUACCAAGUUAAAAAAAGAGGAAGAUGAUAACUCUGGUGGAUUGAGCUACUACUCUGAAAAAAGUGAAAACAGUUUGGAGGGAUAGGAUGAUGCCAAAGAAUAAAAUGAAAUUUAGAAUAUCAAAAAUUAAUAAAACGAUAAAUAGUUUAUAAAUGUGUAUAAAAGCGAUUAGGAAAACCAACAUUCAAAUAAUAUCCACAAAGAAAUGAAAGGCUAACCAGAUUAAAAUAAAAAGUAAGGAAUAAACUAAGAAGAUGUAGAUGCAAAUGAUUCAUUCGACUUAACAUAAGAAAUUUAUGAAUUUAAUUUUAUUGAAGAUUUAACACCAUAACCAAGGACAUCUAAUAAAGAGGAUUAUAAAAAAUAAAGUCCUUAUUAGAGUUCUGAAAAGAAUUAAUUUUAAAUGUUUUCACAAAAAUAAUAGAGUUAAAUAGAAAGCUUAAAUCUUAACUCUCCAUUUGUUUCAGUCAGUUAGGUUACAAAAAAUAAAGGUAGAAUAUAUCUAAGAACAACAGAAUGCACUAAUGAACAAAAUAAUGGAGAGGAAAGAAGCUAUCAUCUUGAUCUUAUUACUGAUUAAACAUAAGGAAAGUAAGCCUUUAAAACUAGAUUAAAUAAUAAAGAUAUUUUAUUGGAUUAUGGGAUUUGUGUAUUAUCAAAAAAAGGAAAUCAAUUAGAAAAUGCCCAUAAUAUGUCAGAUUAUUUUGUUUACGUCGAUGAUCAUAUAAAAUUGAUUUCAGUUUUUAUGGGGCAUGGUGCAUAUGGAAAUAAGAUUUCUAAUCUAUCUUGUCGCUUAUUAUUUAAACACUUUUUUAAAGAACAGCUAAUUAAAUUAUAACCGCAAAUAGGAUUUAAAAGACUAUUUAUGAAUGUAGACAAGUACAUCUCACAACAUAUAGCAUAUUAUGAUUUAGAAUAAAAAUUUAACUCCAUGCUAAGUGGUGCUAGCUGUACUUUAGUACUUAUAUAAUAAAAUAAGAUUUUUGUUGCCUAUGUUGGAAAUAUUUAAGCAGUUAUUUUUAGAUAGUAAUUUUGCUAUAAAUCUUAAAAAUAAAAUCAAGUUUAAAUGUCGGGAUUUCAUAUACCAGCUAACUAAUAUGAAAAAGAGAGAAUAUAGAAAAACACAGGAGAGAUAAGAUAAUGGAAAAAUGAUUUUAUUGAUCGAGUUUUUGUUAGAGGAAGGACAUUCCCAGGGAUUGAAGUUACACGUUGCUUUGGGAAUGACAUAGCUAAAAUGAUUGGAGUGAUAAAUGAGCCAGAUAUUUAUUAUCACGAAAUUAGUAAGUAAAAUGAUGCGUUUCUAUUAGUAACAACUCCGAAUUUCUUUGAUUACAUUUCAUAUGAAGAAGUUUAUUAAAUUUUAAAUUCAUUCAACUAGAAGACUGUAAAAAAAGCUUAAGAUUUGCUUUAAAAAAGAAUAAAAAAUUUAUACAGUUAGUAAAUUGAGGUAAUUACCGAUUUAGCUUUCGUACUGUAUUAUUUCAUUUGA